AUGUUUCUUGGCGCGGAUGUGAUACAUCCGACGAAUGUAACUCGUCAACAUCCAUUCAUUGCCGCCAUGGUUGGUUCGGGAAAUUCUUCAUGUUCAACAACAGCAGUUCGCAUGGCACAAGAAUUAUUAGAAUACUAUUACGAAAUGAACAAAUAUUUUUCAAAUGAAGUGGUCUUCUAUCGAGAUGGUGUUGAUGAUGGACAGUUUUCCAAAGUUUGUCACUACGAAAUUCCAGCUAUCUACCAAGCAUUCGAUCAAAUAUAUGGUACUGAAUCAAAUCAUCCAUCUUUGGCAUUUGUUAUUGUCCAAAAACAUCAUAAUACACGUUUUUUCACGUAUCAUCCCAAUAGAAAGCUCCACAAGACAAUAUCAAAGAAAUCACCCGAAGAUACAGACAAUAUAUCGAUUGAAGUGAAUAAUCCACCACCUUAUCAUGUUCUCGAGGAUCAAACUGGUCUCACGCCGAAUGAAUUACAAUUAUUAAUCUAUCAUGUAUGUUUUACUGAUCCUCGGUCAUCGUCAUCGGAAGUAGUUCCAUCUGUCGUCCAUCAAACUGAUUUAGCAGCAUUGAACGCUCGAGAUUCGUUUUGUACCGACGAAGAAUCAUCAACAAUGCAUGUGUCCAAUCGAAAUCCAGUGUUGCAAAAUCCAACUGCUGAUGCAUUGCAUUAUGAAAUUUUACAAGUUCAUCACAACUUGAAGAACAAACCUGUUCUUGGUUGA